GACCAACGAAAAGCACAAUCGGUGCAGAAAGCGAGUGAAGUGAAAGGAUAACAUAUACUCCACAAAUUGCAUAAGGAUUAUCCGAAACAACAGUGAUAAUUACCAAAUUGGAUUAUUAAACUUGACAUAAAAAAGAUCUCCACCAUGAGAAUAAGAGCUAGCCUGUUGGCAGUUGUACUGCUGGCCACAGCCUCCUUGGCCGACGAUUCCAACUGGGGCAACGAGUGGUCGCCCAUGGAGGAUGCCACACCUAGUCGUCGAUCUGUAGAUACCAAACCCGCCGAACAAGCCGACAUCCAGGGACGCUACCUGGUCCACGAGACCAUCCAGAGCAACAGCACCACCCAGAUUGACGAGGUCAUCGAGCAGCUGAUCAACUCCCGCCGGGAGGGUCGCAAUCUCGGAGAAUACGAUGCCGUCUAUGCCGAUGGAAACAUCGAUCAGGCUCUUCAGCAGGGAAAUGAUCUGCAGGCCCGCAAUCUCAUCCGGGAUAAGCUUUGCGGUCUGGGACUCAUGAGCUGCGAUGUGGAGGAGAAGCGUCCUUUCUACUCGACCAUCUACGCCCAGGGUCCUCCUCCACCAUCUGGUUUCAGUGGUGGUCCCUAUGGACCAGCCAAGCCCAUGCCACCACCGAGCUACUUCAGUGGUCGUCCGCCCAUGGGUGGUCCUCCCGGAUCUUACGGACCUCCGCCAAGCUCCCUGAACUCCUUUGGCCCUCCGCCAAGCUCGGUGAACUCCUUUGGACCUCCCAGGAAGGUGGGCUACGAGGGACCCUACAAGCCAAUGUCUGGACCUUACAGGCCAUCGGGACCUGGUGGCUACCUGGAGCAUCCUCCACCAUCCGCCAUUGAUGGCUCAUCCGAUGGAAUCACCUACACCAAGCCACCACCUGGAUCUCUGAUCUACGACAGUAAGCCACCAGGACCCAUCUACACCGGAGGUCCUUCUCUCGGUGCCGGACCCGUCUUCACUGGAGCUUCCAAUGGAGUUCCCCCGUACAACUAUGAGAAUCCCGAGAGUGGCAUUCAAGGUGCCAGCUCUGCUCCCAAUGGUUUCUACUCGCAGCAGUCUUCCGCUUCUUCCUCCUCGUCUUCAUCCAGCAACAAAGUGAUCGUGGGAGCACCCAUCGAUGCUCUCCAGCAGCAUGUGCACCAUCACUACCACCAUGUGGAGGGAGCCGAGGGAGCCAAGGUGCCCAGUGUGCCCAUUCCCAUUGGAGCUGGCCAGACCAUCAACACUGACUUCAGCGCCCUGGCCCAAUCUUCUGCCACUUAUACACCAUCUAUUCAGUCCUCCUCCGGAUCCAGUUACUCCCAGUCGAAUGCGUUUAAUGCUGGUUUCAAUGGUGCCUCUCAGGGUGGCCUCCUUUCGCAGAACGGAUUUGGUAUUUCCCAGAAGCCCACUGGAGAUCUGUACAAACCGAACUCUGGAGAUCUGUACAAGCCGAACUCGGGACUGGGAAGCUUUGGCAACAGUGCCUCUGGAGGAUUCAGUGGAUCGCCCAGCUCCAGCUACCACAGCCAAAACCCCGACUACUACAAGAAGGAACUGCAGAGUGGAGCCUCUAACCAGUACAAUGGCAUCUCUGGUGGCUACCAGGGACAGGGUCAAGGACAGUACCAGGGUGGCUAUGACACCUCUCGCCAGCAGAUCGUCGACUGUCAGUGUGUGCCCAUCUCUCAGUGCCCCGCUGCCGAUCGCAUUGGACGCAAGGAGGAUCUCAUUCUGCCCAUCGAUCCCAGGAACCUGGGCAAGGACAUUGAGGCUCUGAGUGACGAUGCUGUGGCCAGCAAUGCCACCACUUCCGUUGAGGGAAAGAAGGCCGAAGAGAAGUCUGAUAAGGAUGAAAAGAAGCGCACUCGUCGCCAGGCUGAUGCCGACCAGAAGGAUGAUGAAGCCAGCGAUCUAUCGCUCGAUGCCCAAGGGAGACAAUCGCCGCUCGGAGGAUCUCCAUUGGCAUUGCCCGCCCUCCAGGCCAUCGAGCUGAUCCAACGAAAGGUGCUGCCCACCUAUGGUGUUAGCUUUGGUCUGCCCUAUCCCGCCGGCGGAUAUGGAGGUUAUCCCUCGAAUAUCCUUGGUGAUCAUGUGCCCGCCCAGAACCCCUACUUCGGUUCAGUGGGACCAAAUGGCCUGAAUCUCGGUCUGGUGAAUGUGAAUCCCCUGGUUUCGGUGCAGGUGGCCAAAACGGAGUAUGGCGAGAAGGUGGUCAAGCCACUGGUCAAUCUCCAUGUCACCCCGAAUGCGAAUAUCAUCCAGAAAGUUGGAGACUUCUUCAAGCGAAAGCCGGCCGAAACCUAUAGCCAUCAUUAUCACCACCACGAUCACUAUAGUGGCUACGAGCAUCACGACUACGAUCACCAUGGCCACCACGAUCAUCAUGACCACCAUUCGUAUCCCCAUUUCUAUGAAACAUCUGGACCUGGUCCCCACUUCAGUGUUGAAAUGGUCCCAAGUACUCCGGUCUUUGAAUAUCACAGUGGUCCUACCCAGUAUCAUCAUCACCACGAAUCAUCGCCCUAUGAGAGCUCCUUCAACUCAAUAUAUCCUGGCUCUGGUCCUGAUUUUGGUGGCUUUGGCGAGUACUCACAGCAUGUGGAACGAAGUGCCAAUGUAAGCGGAGGUGAGCCCUCCUUCGGUCGUCGUGGCAAGCAGUUGAACCUGGGACCUCUCUACAAUAUUCCCACUCCUGCUCCUGGUAAUGCAGCUGGCAGUGAUCGGAUCACUUUUCCCAGGGAUCGCAGGCGCAGGAGCGUUGAGGAUGGUGUGUGGGCGGGAGCAGCUCCUGAGGAGCAGCGCGCUUAUUAUGGUAACCGACCUGUGGAGAAGACCUGCCGCAUCAACGAGGUCUGCUGCCGUCGUCCCCUGCGUCCCCAAGCUCCUCCCCAGCAAUUCGGUCGCUGUGGAGUGAGGAACGCCGCCGGAAUCACCGGUCGCAUCAAGAACCCCGUCUACGUGGAUGGAGACAGUGAGUUCGGCGAGUACCCCUGGCAUGUGGCCAUUCUGAAGAAGGACCCCAAGGAGUCGAUCUACGCCUGCGGUGGCACACUCAUCGAUGCCCAGCACAUUAUCUCCGCUGCCCAUUGCAUUAAAUCUCAAAAUGGCUUCGAUCUGCGUGUGCGUCUGGGCGAAUGGGAUGUGAACCAUGAUGUGGAGUUCUUCCCCUACAUCGAACGCGAUGUGGUCUCUGUGCACAUCCAUCCCGAGUACUAUGCCGGCACUUUGGACAACGAUCUGGCUGUGCUGAAACUGGAUCAGCCCGUGGACUUUACCAAGAAUCCCCACAUCAGUCCCGCCUGUCUGCCCGACAAGUAUUCCGAUUUCACUGGAGCUCGCUGCUGGACCACUGGAUGGGGCAAGGAUGCCUUUGGAGAGCACGGAAAGUACCAGAAUAUCCUGAAGGAGGUGGAUGUGCCAAUCCUGUCGCACCAACAGUGCGAGCAACAACUGAGGAACACCCGACUGGGCUAUAGUUACAAACUGAAUCCCGGAUUCGUGUGCGCUGGAGGAGAGGAGGGCAAGGAUGCCUGCAAGGGUGAUGGCGGAGGUCCUUUGGUCUGCGACCGCAAUGGAGCCAUGCACGUGGUGGGAGUGGUGUCCUGGGGCAUUGGAUGCGGCCAGGUUAAUGUUCCUGGAGUCUACGUGAAGGUCUCCGCCUACCUGCCCUGGAUCCAACAGAUCACCCAGAGCUAUCAAUGAUUAACGGAGCACCAGGAUGAAAAGCACGAGGAGGAGGUGACUGGCUACCAUGCGAAUACCUCUGGACCCAUUCCGGAUGACACAUCCUCCUCUUCCGACGAGUUCGUUUUCCACUUCUGACCGAAGCCAUCCCUAAAAUCUACUUCUAUUGUGGCAUUCGUCAUCGUAUUUAUCAGCGUCGUCACUCUUAUUUAUUACGAAUGCCUCUUUUGUUACCUGUUGUAUUUUGUUAUAUAUAUCGCCCCCUCACUUCACUUCACUCCACCAAUUGACCCACUCAUUCGCAGCCCACAAUUGUUACUUAAUUGAGGACGCACAACCGUCGCGUCACCACUUGUUGAUAUUAAUUGUAACUUGUAUCUUGUA